GGCGGCGGCCCCAGGCGUCACGUACGGAGGCGUGUACGUCGCCGUGGCGGUGCAGACGUGGGGCUUCAACGCGGACGCCUUCCGCGACCUGGUCACGCGGCUGGGAGGUGGUGAGGACACCACUUUGGCAGACCUGUUUUCCGUCCUCGAGGCCGACGUGAAGACCGCCCUGGCAGCCACGACGGGGUCAGGCGGCCAACCGCUCACGGGGAUUGAGCGCGGCCGUUUUGUGCGGCAGCUGGGUGAGCUCGGGGCAUUGGGUGGCUUCAACCUUCCGCAGCUGGGCAUCUUCACGCCGCAGCGCCCGGCACCGGCAUGGGAGGAACCGCCAGCGGCGGCGGGGGUCCGCGGCCGGGAGCUCAGCACCGUGAUCAUCCAGGGGGACCGGCGGGAGUACCGCAUGCUCGAUAAGGCCAAGCUCAAGGAGGUCGACGAGACGUUCGAGGCCACCAACGGCGGCCCCACGGCAGACUACGAAGACACGUCACCGGAGCAGAUCUCUGCUUUGGCUUUCUUGCUGGCGCAGGACGAGGCCCCCUACACCGACUUUGGCAUCUGGGGCCCGUUCGGGAAGCGGACCGCCAAGUUCCUCAGUUUCCGCGCCCAGGUCUUCGUCGCCGGCGAGUGGGUGACCAAGGUCGUGCAGGGCCCGCCAAACUUCGCGGCAUGGCGCCGCGGCUGGAGGGUCUUCCGCACGGCUGCCCUGAAGCUCGGCCUCAGCGUGGCCGGCCCGCUCGAUGCCUACGAAGAGGGCGUGCGGACCGUCUCGGCCUCGUUCCCGGACAAGUGGGGGCUGAUCUGCGUGGUUGAAGACCACAUGCGGCCAUGGGAAGCUGUCCUGGCAUACAGUGCGUACGGCACGGGCGAGGAGGGGCAAUGGUGGUACCGCCACCUCGACCUCCCGUGUCUCCAGAGCAGCACAGUCAAGGCAGCUCCGGGCCGGGUCGCCGACGUCGAGGGCACGACGGGCUUCGAGCAUAUCGGGCUUGGCGCCGGCUCGGUCGAGGGGGCGCCGCGGGGGGAUUUCCCGGCUGGCAGGGGCCGCCCCAGGCCGGCGCAGGAGGAGCCCGACCGCUCCCGCAAGCAGAGGCGGGUGGAAGCGCAGGUGACCCGCUUCCAGAACUUCAAGGAGAAGGGCACCCGGCCCGACGGCCGCCACGUCCUCGACGAUGACGGCGUGGAGCUGCGCUUCGCCUGGAACCGCGAUCGCAAUGGGUGCGCCGCGGGGGCGUGCCCGCAGCGCCGCAGCCAUCUUUGCGAGUGGUGCUUGGGGCCGCACCGGGCCGUCGACUCGUCCUGCCCGAAGCGCCCGGCGCGGGGGGCGGCGAGCCGCCCUGGCUCUGCCGGGACGCGGCAGCACCUCUACCAGGACAUCCCCGAGAAGAUCAGCGGGCUGCCCAGGAACAAUCGCGCUGGAGAUUUCCAGGAGCCUUUCUGGGGGCAGCGCGGCACCGAAUCGGGCAGCACCCGCGUUGCCAUCCCCGCCUCCGGCGCUGGACAGCCAGACCAGGAUCCGCACGACCGGGCACGUGUGUUGCCGCACCCUCUCCGCGGCACGGCGGAUCCCAGUGCCCAGGAGCGGAGGUCCGCAGAGGACAGGGUCUGCGCGGCAGGGUUGCGCAACCCCGCACAAGUGGUGUCUCAGUGGCCGGAGCUGCGCCAGACAAUGGCAAGGGUGAGAGCCUCCCUACUCCCAGUGCGCGCGGGGCUCCGGGAGAUCCGGGGCCUUGCAGGGGCGUGCGGGGAACGCCGGGCACGGGCGCCGCCGUCAGAGGCGGCCGUUGACCUUGCGCGUCGGGCCGUCGGCGCCGCGCUUGGCCUCGACCGGCGAGCCGUGGGCGAGCACCAUCCGUCGCCCCCUCUCCGCCACCGCAUCGUGCAAGCCGUGCUCAGGCAGUCCCAUGACACGGACACGCACGUGGGGGCCUGGCUACAGCACGGCGCGCCCAUGGGAAUGGUGCAGGAGGUCGCUCCUGGAGGACACUUCCCCAUGGCGCCGUCGCCUGCUGUUCUGUCGCCCGAGGAGCUGGAAGGCGUCUUUGAGUACCGCGGCAACCAUGGCUCUUUCCAGGCAACUUUUGACGAUGAGCCAGUUCCUCCAACGCAUGCUCUGAUCCGGGAGUACCUGGAGAAGGGAUUUGGCACAGAGUUCCAUUCGCGGGCGGACGCUGAAAGGCAUCACGGGCACACCUACCCAGCGCCGCUGGGGAAUAUCAGCAAGCGCCGCCGCACUGGGGUCUGGAAGCACAGGAUCAUCCAACAUCUUAAGGUAAACUGCGUGAACAGCGCAGCUUCCACGUGGGAGCGCGUCGUGCUCCCACGCGGCGUCGACCACGCGGUGGACCUGGCGAACCUAUCGUCGUCGGAGAACCACGUGGAAGUCGUCGUCCUGGACUUCGUGGAUGCCUUCAUGGUCAUGCCGCUCCACGAGGACGAGAAGCCGUGCAACUGCGCUGAGGUCCCCGGGCUGCGGGGCCCUGGCAGCAUGUCCUACAUCGUCUGGAACGUAUUGGGCUUCGGCGGCAAGAGCAACCCCUUGGUGCACAGCCGGUUCGGCAGCUUCGCCGCCCGCACCGCGCAGGCCAUCGCGUCCGCAGACGCGUUCCGGCUCCAGCUCUAUGUCGACGACCCUGUCAUGACGGCCGCGGGGCCGCCGACCGCAUGCGAGCUGGAGUUGGACCUGGUGCUGCUUUGGUGGCUGGUCCUCGGGCUCCGCCUCGCCUGGUCGAAGGGCGCGCACGCUGGUGGCAAGACUGCCGCGCUGGCACCCGGGGCCCAGGGCCCCGCGCCAGUGGCAUGCCACCAGUGGCUGGGAAUAGCGUACGCGACCUGGGCAGGUUGCUCUGUGAUGGCCCUGACACCCGAGUUCGUUGACGCGUUCCUGGAGUCGCUGCAGCCGUUCGCAGGCGGCGCGCCCUGCGCGCCCUUGGCGGCGGCGCGUUCCAUCACUGGCAAGGGCUCGCGCGUGGCGCAGGUAGUGCCGACUGCAGCACCUUUCGCCGCCAUGCUCUGGGCCGCCCUCACCGCCAGCGUACGGGCCGUGGAAGAGGGUCGCACGGAGGCCCCGCCAGGGCACGUGGCCGUCGCGCGCUUUCGGACAGCCGCGCGAUGGUUCAUGGCCCUCCUGUCCGAGCCGACGGACCCCGAGAGGGCGGGGCAGCCAUGGCAGCCGCGAGGGCAUGAGUGUUGUGUCUUUCCAUUGCAGCGGAUGGUACGGCCAGCGUCAGACGCGCAGGCCCUCCCGCCAGCGCCAGUGCUGGCGACCUUCGACGCAUCACCCUGGGGCGGCGGUGGCAUCCUUUGGCGCGCCGCCGAGCCGGUGGAGUACUUCGUGGUCACGUGGGGCUCCACGAUCCUCGCGUUGUUCGAGGCGGAGGCGGGUGUUUCACGCUUGCAAUCGUUAUGGGAAUUCGCGACGCUGCUGGUGUGCCUCCUUCUCUGGGGGCGCCACGCGGUGGACCGUGUCCUGACGAUCCAGGGUGACAACAUCGCUGCUCUCCAGGACGGCCUCGCGAUGAAGGGGCGCGGCCACAUGCUGGAUGUCGCGCGCGAGAUCGCGCGGCGCAAAGCACGCUACAACUGGACGUUCACGACAGCGCACAUCCCCGCGGAGCUCAACGACGAUGCUGACGCCUUGUCGAGGCUGACGGCUGUGCCGCCGAAGAAGCUGCCGGG